AUGCCCGUGGAGGUGUCCAGUGAUGGAGCAAACAUUCCAUACAGAGAGGUCCACCACCAAGUCAGGGGACCUGCCACUGCCCUCACCACCAUCACCAUCACCUCCACACCUGCCAUUGCCAUCACCACACAAGGUGGAGGAGCAGAGACUGGGGAAAGAGUGUUUUGGAAAUCAAGGCAAUUGUAUUCGAGAAAACCAACAUAUGAUUUAGACUAUGAAGUCCCCCUCACAUUGAGAAGAAGGCCUUUUAAAAGAAAGAGGAAGAGACCAUCAAAAGACUUUGAAAAACAUGACGAGCAAGUCUAUAAUGAGAUGAUCACACUUCCCUGUUCUAUAUGCAAGCAUGAAAUUGACCUACCUAGAAUUUUCCCCCAUAAAAAGCAGCAUGUAGCUCUGGCCACACUGGGCUUUCAACAAACGAGUGGAAAGAAACCAGCACUCUCAGUGAUUGCUUUUCAGAGACAGUUCAUAAUUGCUAAACUAUUGUCAUCUUUUGGGAUCACCGAAAAAAUCUUACAGAGCAUUAAUAAUGCUUUUGAGCUACUUUGGAAGAAACAAAUACCGGCAUACUAUAAGAUUAUUGACAACAUUCACAAGAGUUCCAUAUAUCCUCAAAAAAUCUGCCACAUAUUAAUUAGAGGAGCAGCCAUUUGUGAAGACAGGAAUUGCACGUGGAAAGCUGACAUGAAUGAUAAAUUCACUGUUGUGAAUAAUUUUGGUAAUAAACCCAAUGUAUGUUUUUUUGGUUUGUUUGAUGGACAUCACGGUGCCUCAGCCGCAGACUUGACAUCAAUGGAAUUCCCAAUUUUACUUCUCCAUCAACUUUCCAGACUUGAUCCUUCUUACCAAAUGACCCCUGAAGAGCAAAAGGUAAUCAAUUCCUUUCACACAGUGUUUAGGGAAGAAUACACAGCUAUAGAAGAUUUCUUCUCCUCCAUGAAGAAAAACACAAAAGCAUUGAAAAGUGAGUAUGAGAACACACACAAAGCCUUUGCAAAAGCAUUUUGGAGAAUGGACAGGCUUUUACGUCUUGGGAGGAAAGAAGUGUCUAGGGUUCGAUGGAGUGGCUGUUCUGCAAUUACUUGUGUAUUAGAAGGCAACAUUAAAAAUCCUGAUGCUAAGAAGACCUGGAGAAGAAUCAAUGACCCUAAUGCUCUGGCAGACAGUUUCCCUUUCCAGAGGAUGCCACAAAUAAUUUCUGGAGUACUACAUAUUGCAAACGCUGGUAACGUGCAAGCAGUCUUAUGCAGAAAUGGGAAAGGCUUUUGUCUAACGAAAGAACAUACUACACGAAACAUAGAUGAAAGAAGAAGAGUGCUUCAAAAUGGAGCAAUAAUUAGUUCAAAUGAACCAUACGGGCUCCUAGAAGGGCAAGUAAAAACCACUCGAGGACUUGGAUUUCAUGGAAAUCUCAAACUGAAAAAAUUCAUUAUUCCAGCACCUCAAACUAUUUCUGUCCCUAUAGAUGACUUAUGUCAAUUCCUUAUCUUAGCUACCAAUGGACUCUGGGAAGUUCUGGAUACAAAGGAAGUAACUGCACUGACAAUGACAGCUUUUCAAGCAUAUAAAGAAACAGAGAGCAUUAACACAGGAAACAAACUCUCACCAUCCAAAGGGGCUCUGCUUCUCCCAAUUAAUGAAUCAAGCACAUCUAAAUCAGAAACUAACAUCCACAUAGUGUUUCAGGGCAAAUCUGAAUCUAAAGAAAGUGUAUCAAUUAUGAAUUCAAAAGAAAAUUUGUCAGGUUCAAAGUAUUCUAAACAUUUCACUGGUAACCCUGAAAAUAUAAGAAUAUUUCCACCCAAAAUGACUAAUUGUGAUGCUUGCAAUGAAAAAGAAACUAAGGAACCAACCAGUGUAGAUGAUGUGCCAAAAGAUUCAAGUGAAAAAGAAAAAGAAUUAUGUGCUAAGAGUUCCUAUGAAGGUGCUGCUGAGUAUAUUAGCCGUGAACUUGUAAGUGCUGCUUUAGCGGCUGGCUCCAGAGAUAACAUUACAGUUAUGGUAAUACUUCUCAAUGGAAGUGAAUAUCAGUUUCUGAUAUAA